GAUAAAGAUUGAAAUAUUUUGAAUUUAGAGACAAAUUUGGCGAUUCGUGAAAUUAUGAAUAAUGUUUCAUGUAAACACCUUUAAGUUAAAUGACUUUUCUUGCAAAGAUGAUGAGUUCUGGCUUAUCGGACAUUGCCCUACAUUGUGUUUGCCGGAAGAAUUAGUAAGGUGGCUCAGACGAACCAACAGUUUUUGUGAGACGAAGUUGGGACGGAUCUCUUUCUUUUAGUGGUCAGCUAAAUCUCUUUUAUGAUGGUUAUGGCCGAGAAAACUCUUGUGGAUAUUAGAAAUGGGAGGCGAUCUCGAUGCUCUAGUCCAAACGAAUCGGAUGAUAGCAGUGAUGAUUCCGAUCACGAGGGAGGUGGGAUGAGGGUAGGGAAUGACUAUCAGGCAAAAGUUCCAGAAUUCAAACCAGAACUGAAGCCUGAUCCCAGAAAUGAUGCCAUCCUUGUGUGGGCCCCAGCUAUUGAUCUCUCUGAUGGAAAAGUGGAUGAGUAUGUCAACAUAGCCAAAGAAAAACAUGGGUACAACACAGAGCAGGCACUUGGAAUGCUAUUUUGGCAUAAGCACAACAUAGAAAAGGCUCUGGCAGAUUUACCUAAUUUUACCCCAUUCCCUGAUGAAUGGACUGUUGAAGAUAAAGUUUUAUUUGAGCAAGCAUUUAGUUUUCAUGGAAAGAGUUUUCAUAGAAUUAGACAGAUGUUACCAGAUAAAUCCAUAGCAAGUCUAGUCAAAUACUACUACUCCUGGAAGAAAACCAGAUCUCGCACAAGUUUAAUGGACAAACAAGCGAAGAAGCUGAACAAGACAGGAGAAAGUGAUGAAGAAUCUGAUUCCAAUGGCAAACGCUCAGGUGAUGAAGAAGACACUCCUAAAGAAAAUGGGAAGGAGGAAAAAGACACGUGUGGAAAUUGUGGCAUCCGUACAACUCAACUCCACAUAACUCCCAAAGGAUCCCUCUGUAACUCCUGCUAUCAGUAUUGGAGAAGAACGGGUGUGAUGCGAACAGCAGGUCCAAAACGACAUGACCAUGGACAGCACCGACAUAAUCCAAUGAAACACAAGAGGAAACCACCCAGGGGAAUGUUCCUGAACUACGAGGAUUUACAGGUCAUUGUCAAUGGUCCCCAAGGUCAAGCAGAGGCUCUGCUGAAAUCUCUGGAUCAGGAGCUGGUGUCUCUUAAAAGACAAGUUCAGAAUAACAAACAGAUGCUCAGCCUGCAGAAACACAAAAUGGCUGCUGGUAUUGACGAUGUCAAACCACCAGAGACUAACCCAAGAAUAAAUGCCAGGUGGACCAAUGAAGAACUACUUCUUGCAGUUCAAGGUGUACGUAAAUAUGGAAAGGACUUUCAAGCAAUAUCAGAAGUUAUUGGAAACAAGACGGAGGCCCAUGUACGCAGCUUCUUUGUGAAUUUUAGAAGACGCUACAAUCUGGAUGAAGUUCUCGCUGAGUAUGAAGCAGAACAUGGAAAAAUUGAUUCAUCAGAUAAGCUGGACAUUGAUGAGAAAGAGGAGGAAAAGAUGGAGGUAGAGGAAGAUGUUAAUGGAACAGAAGAUGUUACAGCCAGUACCACCUCCUCUGCUUCAUCCUCAGCCCCACCCCCUCUUCUGAAACAGCCACAGGCCCCAGGGCUUAAGGUUCCUCAAAUUACACAGCAGCCAAGAUUGAAUCCACCCCAGAGAACGAUUUUACAACAACCACCACCUCUGAUUCGGCCCUCCAGUACCAUUUCCAUCGCAAAAUCUGUCACUUCUUCUUCCUAAUACUUGAAUGGCAAUCAACUGAAUUGACAUAGCCAUAUGCAGUGUUUUAGUGGAUUUCCAUCUGAAGUCACCAGUUCGAAAUGAAAAACAUUAAUACUACAGAUCUAGGAUUCAUCAGAUUCAUGCCGCUAUUUAUGUACUAUACAUUCUGGAGUGUGUGAUGGUACUAAAUUGACUGUAUCACUUUUUGUAGAGUGUGUGAUGAUACUAAAUUGACUGUAUCACUUUUUGUGGAGUGUGGGUGACAUAAAUCUUAGAAUUUAUUGGUGUUUCAGUAUGCCCCCCCCCCCCCCCCUCUUUUUUUUUCUUGGUAGUUUGUAGGUAUAUUUAUGUAUAUUUCAUCACAAAACAUUCACUGUGGCAUCAGAGUUUGAAAAUUGAGAUGUAAAACUUGAUUAUUAAACUUUGCAGUCAUUUAAUUUAUUUUCCCCUACAUACAUAUGCUUCAUAUUUCUUUGUGUUUUAUUUGCAGUUUGUCCGUUAAAAAAUACAGUAUAUAUAGGUAUCAUUAUAUAUAUGUGUGUCAUGUUUAGAUGUUUUGAGUAUGUAUCUGUUCUGUAUCUCGUUUGAAUAUUAAGGGUAAUGGUAGAUUGAGCAAUAUUCCAUUACAUAUGUUAAAGAUGUUAAGAAUAUGUGUAAACUAUAAUUCUGGACUAGAAGUGUGAAUUGUAUUUGUUUUGUUUUUGGAAUACACAAGUUUUUUGGGUUUUUUUUUUUUGCAGCUUCACAGUAUGAAUUAUUAGGCUUUAAAGUGAAAUGAAUGAAUGUAUUACAAGAGUGAAGUCACCAGCAGUGCUAUUAAAUCUAUCUUAUGAUAGUACUGUAAAUGACUGAAAUACUGGAAACUUGACAGCAUUUUAAUGAAUAUAAAGCAUUAAACACGUCACAAUGGCAUUUAUGUAAAUUUAUACUUUCAUCACAUAUCGUUAAACCAUUAUCAUUUUGCUGAGAUUGCUGUGAAUUUGAAUGCUCAUUGCUCACAUAUUGUUGACACUCUUCUGGGAACUAGGAAAAUAAAAUGUCUGCAGAUUU